AUGAGGAGGAAGAGCCCGACAAACGACGCUGUUUUCCACGUCGCGGCCGGCCGCGACAGAGCGGGGCUGGAGGUGAAGCACAUCAGUUCAUUUAAAGGCAGGGGGGUGUUCGCCGUGACGGGCUUGGCGAGGGGAGAGUUCGUGCUGGAGUACAGAGGAGACCUGAUCAGCGCGGAGGAGAGUCGGAGGAGACGGCGCGUUUAUCACGGCGCCAUGAACGCCUUCAUGUUCGACUUCCUCUGGCACGGAAAGUUCUGGACUAUUGAUGCUGCAAGGGACGAUGGCAGUCUUGGAAGACUGGUUAAUGAUGACCACAUUAACCCCAACUGUAAAAUGAAGAGACUCAUCGUGGAGGGAAGGCCACAUUUGUGCCUGUUUGCUUUAAGAGACAUCACACCUGGAGAGGAGAUUACGUAUAAUUAUGGAGAUGGUGAUUGUCCGUGGAGGAGUGAAGUGAUAAAAAGUGGAAUGGAAGCGGACAACAAUCAUCUGGAGUCAGAAGGUGCCUCUGGAGAUGAUCAGCACUGCAUCAAGCCUUCGCAGCACAAACCUGCUUUUGGCGUCCAGAUGAAAAAAAAUGCCGGCAGUAAUCGUCUGGAGUCAGAGGUUGCCUCUGGAGACGAUCAGCAUCGCACUCAGCAUUCACAGCUUGAGUCUACUUUCUGUAGCGAGAUGACAAAAAAUGGAAUGGAAAAAGACAGUAAUCGUCUGGAGUCAGAGGUUGCAUCUAGAGACGAUCAGCAUUGCACUCAGCAUUCACAGCUUGAGUUUACUUUCCUCAACCAGAUGACAAAAAAUGGAAUGGAAAAAGACAGUAAUCGUCUGGAGUCAGAGGUUGCAUCUAGAGACGAUCAGCAUUGCACACAGCAUUCACAGCUUGAGUCUACUUUCCCCAACCAGAUGACAAAAAAUGGAAUGGAAAAAGACAGUAAUCGUCUGGAGUCAGAGGUUGCAUCUAGAGACGAUCAGCAUUGCACUCAGCAUUCACAGCUUGAGUCUACUUUCCUCAACCAGAUGACAAAAAAUGGAAUGGAAAAAGACAGUAAUCGUCUGGAGUCAGAGGUUGCAUCUAGAGACGAUCAGCAUUGCACACAGCAUUCACAGCUUGAGUCUACUUUCCCCAACCAGAUGACAAAAAAUGGAAUGGAAAAAGACAGUAAUCGUCUGGAGUCAGAGGUUGCAUCUAGAGACGAUCAGCAUUGCACUCAGCAUUCACAGCUUGAGUCUACUUUCCUCAACCAGAUGACAAAAAAUGGAAUGGAAAAAGACAGUAAUCGUCUGGAGUCAGAGGUUGCAUCUAGAGACGAUCAGCAUUGCACACAGCAUUCACAGCUUGAGUCUACUUUCCCCAACCAGAUGACAAAAAAUGGAAUGGAAAAAGACAGUAAUCGUCUGGAGUCAGAGGUUGCAUCUAGAGACGAUCAGCAUUGCACUCAGCAUUCACAGCUUGAGUCUACUUUCCUCAACCAGAUGACAAAAAAUGGAAUGGAAAAAGACAGUAAUCGUCUGGAGUCAGAGGUUGCAUCUAGAGACGAUCAGCAUUGCACACAGCAUUCACAGCUUGAGUCUACUUUCCCCAACCAGGUGACAACAAUUGUAAUGCAAGAACAUAGUCAUCAUCUGGAAUCUGAUCUUACUUGUGGAGAUGCUCAGCAGCAGAGGUCUGCAUUCUUAGUUCAGAUCCUGGAGCAGAACCGGACUUACACAGCAAGCUCAGGAGACCUUGGCUGAGCAAGUCAUAGAACCAACCAGUACCACAUCAGUUCCCAAAGGUGUAAAGAUGGUUAAGAGAAAGAAAUGGGAGACCAGUGAAGUGAAAGCAGUUGAAAAACAUCUGAACAGGUUCAUUAAAACUUGCACAGUGCCAAGAAAAAAGAUUGUGAGUCCUGUAUAAAAGUUGACCCUGCUGCAUUCAAAGACCGACAUUGGUUAACGGUAAAGUUCUUUGUAAAGAACAGAAUCACUGCAUUUUAAAGGAAAAUGUAAACCAGAGCAAAUGUCAUUUGCAGUCUUUGUUUUUUUCUGUUCAUUAAUAAAGUGCUAAAAAAAGUU